CGUACCCUACCCGAUUUUUGAUUUUCUAUAUAAACACGUAACUCGGGCAGUCCACCCACCCACCCAAUAGUCUCAAAUCAAACCAACAUCCAUCCACAUCAGCUUUUCCCAUCCAAAAACCUGAUCUGAUCUAUAUAUCUAAAAACCUAAAACCAUGAAGGUGAAGAUAGAAAGCACGAGAAUCGUCAAACCAUUGUAUGAAGGAAUCCCUCCUUCAAAAACAACCCAUAUUCCCCUUAGUGUCUUUGAUAGGGUUUCUUUUGAUGCUCAAGUGGCUAUCAUUUAUGCCUACUGCCCGCCCACCCCUCCAAACGCCGCCAUCGAGCUGGGGCUUAGGAAGACUCUGUCGGUGUACAGGGAAUGGGCGGGCAGGUUGGGCAAGGACCACGACAAGGGUAAACCCGUCAUUUUACUCAACGACGAAGGCGUUAAGUUUGUGGAAGCUGUAGCUGGCACCACCCUCAGUGAGGUGAUGCCCUUGAGGCCUUGUGCGUCGCUGCUCGAACUCCACCCCAGUCUGAAGAACGUGACGGAGCUGGUCCAAGUCCAACUGACGCGUUUCACGUGUGGCUCUCUCGUGGUCGGCUUCACCUCUCAUCACCUCGUGGCGGAUGGCAACGCCACAAGCAAUUUCUUGGUUGCAUGGGGAAAAGCAUGUCGCGGCCUCAUGGCCAAACCCUUACCCCUACACGACCGGACGAUUUUCGUGCCACGAAACCCACCAAGAGUCGAGUACCAGCACAUUGGGGCCGAAUAUGUUCCAAAGCCGAUGCAGAACAAGGACCGUAUUCCCCAUGAAGACACCACGUUGUUGGAAGACAUUGUGGUGCACAAAGUCCACUUCACCUUAGAGUUCCUAGCAAAACUCAAAGUCAACGCCUCCUCUGACAACAACAACAACAACAACAAGCCUUAUAGUACAUUCGAAAGCCUCAUGGCACAUCUAUGGCGGGUGGUAACAAGGGCUAGGAACCUCGGGGGCUUCGAAAGCACCCACAUAAGAAUUGCGGUGGAUGGUCGGGCGCGCCUUAAUCCCAAAGUACCCAACGACUACUUCGGCAACCUAGUUUUGUGGGCAUUUCCUACCUCGAAGGUCAAAGACCUACUGCGAGAGCCACUACCCUACGCAGCGAAGCUCAUCCACGACGCUGUUGCGAAGGUAAACGACAACUACUUCAAGUCGUUCAUAGAUUUUGCAAGCAGUAGAGCGGUCGAGGAAGGAGGAGGUCUUGUUCCGACAGCCGACCCGGACGAACUCGUCCUACGUCCGAAUUUGGAGGUCGAUAGUUGGCUAAGGUUUCCAUUCUAUGACUUGGAUUUUGGGACGGGGUGUCCCUUCAUUUUCAUGCCAUCAUUUUGCCCUAUAGAAGGACUCAUUUUUCUGCUUCCCUCGUUCAUAGGAGAUGGAAGCAUAGAUGCUUUCAUCCCAUUGUUCCACGACAACUUGGCUGUCUUCAACCAGAUUUGCCAUUCUCUUGAUUGAUUGAUAAUGCUCAUCAUAAUUGUAAUUUUUUAAAAUUAAAAGUAUUGCAUUCCAUUUCAUUUUCAUACAAUUAAAUAAUAGACAUGUUAAAUUAAU